AUGAUGGGGAAACAAGUGGCAAGAUUUUGCACCAGUGCAAGAUGUCUCGCAAAAAACAUUAAGGGUCGUUACCGCAUAUCUCCAGAUGUCAAACUUAGGCCACCAAUUAUUCCCACGAUCAACAACAUUAAGGUGAAGGACGAUCAUCCAUUAUGGCAAUUUUUUUCUCACAAAAAGUUUAUUCGCAGUUCCAAAGAGGUACAGCAUACAUCCAGGCCAUGGAGUAUUCAAGAACUAAGAAAGAAAUCAUUUGAGGAUCUCCACUCUUUAUGGUACGUGUGUCUCAAGGAAAGAAAUAAACUUUAUAGGGAGUACCAUAUCUAUUAUGAAGAAGGAAGUAAAAGAUCAACUGACUUUAUUUCUCUUAGUGAUGAUAUUUUGGAUACAAUGAAUAACAUCAAACAUGUUAUAUCCGAACGGGAGGCUGCAUUGAAUAAUGCUCAAGCUGAAUUCAUUACUGGUGGUGAACAAUAUCUUGCAGAAUUUAAAAAGAAGUACUUAGAAGAAAAAGAAGUUGAGACAGAUGAGUGGUAUGAUAAACUAGAGAGAUUGCAAUACGCUAUUUUUGGCAUACCAGAUGUCUUAGAUACGUCGCUCAAGGUGGAUGUGAAUUUCAUUAAUGGAGUUAAAUUCAUUGGCAAUCUUAAGUAUGAUAAAUUUGCAUCUAAGAUAGGACGGGAGGACCUUAAUGGAUUGAAGGAUAUCGCCGAAAUGUAUACUGUUUUUGAGGAAAGUGCAACCGCUGAUGGUCUGAAAGAGGCAUGUACAAAAAUCGACGAGUACAGGAAAAGCAACUUGGUAAUUCCUGAGUCAAAGGAAAUACGUGUUGUUCAAGGCUUUAUAGAUGACAAGAUCAAAGAAGCCGAGAAUGAAUUUUCAUCGGAGGCGGUUGAAAAAUCGUGA